AUGUCAUCUACCGAAACAAAGCUCGUCAUGAGCGUGUUGUCCCAAGUGGAAGUUGGUCGCAUUGACUACGAUAAACUUGCCAAAGACAUUGGUGUCGCCACACCUAAGGCAGCUCGCUGCAGAUGGGAUCGAUAUAGGCAAAAGCUUGCGAAGGGGGCAGGUCUUCCACCGACCUCUGCCAGAAAGGCGGUUGGAGCGAGCAAGAAAAUUGGGGCAGUGUCACCCAAAAAGGCUGGGGGAAGUCCAAAGAAAAGCGGUCGCGAAAGUCUGAAGAAAUCACGCGGUCGAGCUAUUAAGAGAGAGAGCGACGAAGACGAAGAGGAAGAGGAAGUGAAUGCAGGCGAGGAAGGCGAGGAAAUGGAUUAUGACAAGGAAGGCACGGAUGUUGACAUCAAGGUGGAGGAACCGGUCACGCCAUUGCGCAAGUUGCCGUAUCGACAAGCUAGAGUUACGAAGUUUGUGGAAGAGACUAGUGACGCGGAGGAUGAGCAAGAAGAGGAAGACGGAGACGUGCAGGAUGACCCAGAAGUUGAUGGAAUGGGAGGUUUGGCUGUCAAGGACGAGGAUGAUGAAGACUGGGAUCAUAUCGACAAAGCCUAG